GAAAGACAGUGAACUGUGAGGUACAGGAGAGAGUGGCAAAAGCACGUUUAUCAAGCAGAUGAGAAUCAUUCAUGGAUCAGGUUAUUCUGAUGAAGACAAAAGGGGCUUUACAAAACUGGUGUACCAGAAUAUAUUUACAGCAAUGCAGGCCAUGAUCAGAGCCAUGGAUACUCUCAAAAUUCCAUACAAGUAUGAACAUAAUAAGGCUCAUGCACAGUUAGUGCGGGAAGUUGAUGUAGAGAAGGUGUCAACUUUUGAGAACCCAUAUGUAGAUGCAAUAAGAAGCUUAUGGAAUGAUCCUGGAAUUCAAGAAUGUUAUGACCGACGACGAGAGUAUCAGUUAUCAGAUUCAACUAAAUACUAUCUUAAUGACUUGGAUCGCAUAGCAGAUUCCACCUAUCUGCCAACUCAGCAAGACGUGCUUAGAGUUCGAGUUCCAACAACAGGAAUCAUUGAAUAUCCCUUUGACUUACAAAGCGUCAUUUUCAGAAUGGUGGAUGUAGGAGGCCAACGAUCAGAGAGAAGAAAAUGGAUACACUGCUUUGAAAAUGUCACAUCUAUCAUGUUCCUAGUAGCUCUUAGUGAAUAUGAUCAAGUGCUUGUGGAAUCAGACAAUGAGGUAAGCAAUAAGCACAGAGCACUGGUUUUGAAGAAAAAAUUCUUCUGCCUGUCCCAGAUGUUUUCCCAAUCAAUCUACCAGCAGUCAUACAUAACUACAUGUAAUGGAAUGAGAAUUACUAUGGAGAUCAAAAGGCUGAGCCAUGUUGGGGAGGAUUCAACAAAAAGGAAUAUUGUUCAAUAAAGAGAAAUAUUCUUA